AUGGCGCAGGGGGAUCCUCAGCUCUUUGUCCCUCCCAAGGGCCACUUUGUCCUCGCAGGCAGAGUCUUCCCUCGAGUCAAAUGGUGGAAGUCGUCGACGAUGAGAUGGCUCUACUUCUACAUCUUUGCAUUGAUUUGUACCAACACCGCCAAUGGCUACGAUAACUCGAUGAUGAACGGCCUGCAGUCGCUUCCGAUAUGGCAGGAUUAUUUCCACCACCCCAGAGGCUCCAUCUUGGGCCUGUUCAACUGUGUCAUGAGUGCAGGUGCACUAGCUGGUCUUUUGUUCAUUCCAUACAUGCUCGAUGGCAUCGGCAGACGGACAACCCUGACCAUUGGUGCGUCGAUCAUGCUUGUCGGGGUUGCCCUUCAGACGGCUGCACAGAGCUUCGGCAUGUUUGUCGGUGCACGAUUCAUCCUUGGCUUUGGCGACAUUAUCGUCAACUGCGCCGCACCUCUUUUGAUUGCUGAGAUUGCUCCCGCACAAGAUCGUGCCCUGCUGGUCACCAUCCAGGCGGCCAACUACCAAUCUGGAGCCUUCAUCGCUGCCUGGGUCACCUAUGGUACCCUCAAGAUCAAGAGCAAUUGGGCCUGGCGAGCUCCCAGCUUGAUCCAAGGUGUCUUUACCGUGUGGAUGUUGGCAGUCGUUUGGUUCAUGCCAGAAUCCCCUCGUUACUACAUCAACAAGGAUAAAUCCGAGAAGGCUAUGCAGGUGCUGGCCAAAUACCAUGCAGACGGCAACGAGCACGAUGAAGUGGUUCAGAUCGAGUACACCGAGAUUGCCACAGCCCUCGCACUGGAAAAGCAACAGAAGAAGUCUUCCUCUUUCUUGGACUUCUUCAAGACCAAGGGGAACCGUCAGAGAUUUAUCAUCCUCGUUUCCGUGGGUCUCUUUUCGCAGUGGUCUGGCAAUGGCUUGAUCAGCUACUACCUCAAUCUGAUCCUCGACAACAUUGGCAUCACGGAUCCCAACCAACAACUCCUCAUCAACGGCGGAAUCACCACCUUCAGCUUGGUCACCAACGUGGGUUUCUCGUUCUUCGUUGACAAGUGGGGUCGUCGACCAAUCUACCUGAUCUCGACCGUGGGCAGCCUUCUCUCUUGGGUCAUCUGGACCAUCCUAGCCGAGCGAUACACCGCCACUAAAGUACUCGCGUACGGCAAGGGAAAUCUGGCGUUUAUCUUUAUCUAUACUCUCUUCUACAAUUUCAAGUCCGGACUGAUUGCCUCCUACACCACCGAGAUCCUCCCCUACAAUCUACGUGCCAAGGGCUUCACCAUCAUGGAAUACGCGCUCUACGGUGCGCUCUUCUUUAACCAAUACGUCAACCCGAUCGCCUUGAACGCGAUUGAGUGGAAAUACUACAUUGUUUACUGCGUGUUCUUGGCUUUCGAGGUUGUUGUCAUCUACUGGUUCUACCCCGAGACUAAGUACCUGCCGCUCGAGGAGAUCACCAAGAUCUUUGACGGUGAGGAUGUGGUUGCAAAGACAAACGAGAAUCUGGCUGGAGAGAAGGUGGUCGACACGAGUGUCCACGUCGAGGAGAUCAGUGCCGCCAGCAAGGCAUAG